AUGCCAACUCCUGUACAUACUCCGGGUGGCUCGACUGACUCUACAUCAUCAGAGCUGUACUUUGAACUCCUCUGCGAGAAGAAGGCGACCGAGAAGAAGCUCCACGCGCUCCAAACCAAGUUUGUCAUCAACGCGGACGCGCUUGCGCGCGCAGAAGAGAAGAUCGAAGGACUCCAAAUGCAGACGGAAGAUGCAGCAACGUCGGUGCAGACUUCGUCUUCGGCGAACAAUCCGGACGCGGUCGCGCUACACGAGACAGUCGCUGCGAUGAAAGCCAAACUCAAGGAGAAGGAAAACGCAAUUCUUCGCCUCGAGCUCAACUUGGACGAGUCCCAGACGGCGCUCAAGCAGACGUCCGUCAUGCUCAAGGAGUACAACACGGCCAAGGAGGAAGAGAUCUUGGCGCUGAAAGCGCAAGUAUCUGCCAUGGAAAUCCAGAGCUCCCUACAAGGGUCACCAAAAGAGCCCACCGCCGACGACGCCCGUGUCGCGGAGCUUCAAGCGCACGUUGAUGACCUCGUCAAGCUGAAGGCGACUUUAGAAGAAGAACUUGGCUGCAUGGAUGAGACCAUGAGUACCGUCCAGGCCAGUCUCUUUGAGGAGCAACAACAAGUAGAGCUCUUAAAGGCGGAGCUCUCCCAGUUGAAAGCCAGCUCAUCGACUUGCGAGUGCCAGACCGAAAUUGCGUGCCUCCAAGAUCAGAUCCAAGUCCAGCUCGCCCAAGGAGUCGUGCUCCGUAAGGAGCACCGAGCCGUUGAGGAGGAGGCAGCUGCGCUCAAAGCUGAGAUGCUCGUGCUGAAAACGGAAGGCUUGAAUACCCACAAUGCCGACAUCCUCGCCGCCCGUGACGAAAACGCAGCAUUGGCGAGCCAGCUCGUAGAGUUGCGCUCCAGCAUACAAGCUUUGGAGUCCCAGAAGGCCGCUUGGGCGUCUGAGCGUCAAGCUCUCGUCGACGGCAGCAACCGUCACGCUGCCGAAUCCCAGGAGCGUGUGACGCGCCUCGAGGCUGAGCUCACGGACGCACGCCUUCAGCUCACGGCCCAUGACGGCGACAAGAUGCGCCUUCUGUCCAUGCUUGAGGACUGCCAAGCCAAGCUCGCUGAUGCGACAGCGCGCGUUGACGACAAAUCAGCUCUCGUUGAGCUGUACAAAGCCAAUAUGGACCAGCAAGGCUCCGUCGGCGCGGGCCUCGCGCAAGAAAUCGCUGUGAUCAAGGGCGAAAAGCGAGACCUCGAAGCCGACAACGAGAAACUACGAGCCCAAAUCGUCGCGCUCACGGAGGCGCAGUCGUUGCUCGAAACCGAGGCAGCGGCGAUCGACGCAUCACGCGAAGCCGAGCGUGGCGCGCUUCUCUUGCAUCUGCAGCAAGCAACUGAUGAAAGCGCGCAGCUGCAAGCAACGCUUGCGGUUACAACGGAAGAGCGUGACGAAGUCGAAGAGCGCGCCAAGGGGCUUACAGCCGACAUUGUCGAACUCCAAGACCGCGUCCAAGAUCUCGCUUCCGAAGUCCGUUGCCUCCAAGUGUGCUUGGAGACGACCGAAAAGGAGAAGAGCGAGCUCGAGGCGACGGUCAGCGCUCAAGAGCAGCAGAUUCUUGCACUCCAAGAGGACGAUUUCCAGCGACAGUGCCGGUACGACGACACGGUGAAGGACAAAGCAGCAUCGAUCGCGCUUCUGGAGCGCCAGGUCGACGAGCUCCGCGGCCAAGUUAGCAGCCUUCAAGCACAGAACAGUGACCUCCAGCUCCAAUGUGAAGCGUUCGAGACGCGUGCGUUCGUGUCCUCAAAGGAGCGCGAGGACCAAGCCGCCAAGUGGGUCGCCGACCAAACUGCGCUCCUAUCGGAGAAGGGGGACCUCGUUCUUGCCAACACGCGGCUUGCAAAAGACAACGCGGACCUCAAGGCCGGCGUCGACGCCAAGCUUCUAACGAUCGGCGACCUUGAAACGCACGUGGUGAAGCUCCAAGCGACGAUCGCACAGUGGCACGAGAAGGAUGCCGUGUGGGCCAACGAGAAGCUUCAGCUCGAAACUAGCAUCAGCGAGUGGUCCCAGACGUGCUGUCGACACGAAGAAGCGCUCGCAUCCGCCCGAGCUUCGCUGCUUGGUGCAGAGUCGGCCCUGGCAGAGCUCGACGCCGAACGCAGCGCGUGUGAUGAGGAAAACAAGAAGCUCAAGCACCGCCAUGACGUCAUGGAACGGGCGCUCGAGGAAGCCGAGGCCAAGAAGGUACAUUUGCAGCAACAAGUUCUCGCUGGUUUUGAGCGGCUCCGCGAAACGAAGCUCGAGAAGGGAUGCGCCGAGGCCAACGAAAUCGUCGCCACGCUUGACGAGCCCGUCCCCGAGACACCAAGUCCCGUGCACGUUGUGGCCCCCGUGCGACCUACGCGGCCAAUCGAUAUGUCGUGGAAGCAAACUGUCGCCGCGAGUGCGCCGUCGCUUUUUCAGUCGCGGCCGUCCAAGGCCAACAUCAAGGCCCAACGCCAACUCAACGAUGCCAACCUGCUCAAGCGCUUCCAGUCGACGCCAUUGCCGUGAGAUCCGACGUACCAAC